CCAUUAUUCCUAAACACAUCCCACAAGCAAAAUAACACAUACUCAAACCACCUUUCAUUAAACUUCCAAAAAAACAUGUCACCUUCACUUUCCCUUCUCCUUUUCAUCCUCUUAGCACCCUUAUUACUCCUAGCUCAAUCUCCUCCACCUUCUCCUUCUCCUCCUCCUCCUUCAUCUUCUUCUGCCGCGUGCAAAACGACAUUGUAUCCGAAACUAUGUCGCUCAAUGCUAUCCGCAAUUCGUUCAUCACCAUCAGAUCCAUAUAACUAUGGAAAAUUCUCCAUAAAGCAAAACCUAAAAGUAGCAAGAAAACUAGAAAAAGUGUUCAUAGAUUUCCUCAAUCGCCACCAAUCAUCUUCAUCAUUAAACCAUGAAGAAGUUGGUGCAUUAGUUGAUUGCAAAGACCUUAACUCACUAAAUGUAGAUUACUUAGAAUCCAUUUCUGAUGAACUAAAAUCAGCUAGUUCUUCUUCUUCAUCAUCAGAUACAGAACUAGUUGAUAAAAUUGAAAGCUAUCUAAGUGCUGUAGCUACUAACCAUUACACUUGCUAUGAUGGUUUGGUUGUGACAAAAAGUAACAUUGCUAAUGCUCUUGCUGUUCCAUUGAAAGAUGCUACACAAUUUUACAGUGUUUCACUUGGAUUGGUUACUGAGGCUUUGAGUAAAAAUAUGAAAAGGAAUAAGACACGCAAACAUGGUCUUCCUAAUAAGUCCUUCAAAGUUAGGCAACCACUUGAGAAGUUAAUCAAGCUUCUCCGCACAAAAUAUAGUUGCCAAAAAACAUCCUCAAAUUGUACAAGCACAAGAACAGAAAGGAUUCUUAAAGAAAGUGAAAGCCAUGGAAUUCUACUAAAUGACUUUGUACUUGUGAGUCCUUAUGGGAUAGCCAACCACACUUCCAUUGGAGAUGCUAUUGCUGCUGCACCAAAUAACACAAAACCAGAAGAUGGUUAUUACCUUAUCUAUGUUAGAGAAGGAUACUAUGAGGAAUAUGUUAUUGUUCCUAAACACAAGAAUAAUAUCCUUUUAGUUGGAGAUGGUAUUAAUAACACAAUCAUUACAGGGAACCAUAGUGUCAUUGAUGGUUGGACAACUUUCAAUUCUUCCACAUUUGCUGUUUCUGGAGAAAGAUUUAUAGCAGUAGACAUUACAUUCAGAAACACAGCUGGACCUGAAAAACACCAAGCAGUAGCAGUGAGAAACAACGCCGACCUCUCAACAUUCUACAGAUGCAGUUUCGAGGGAUAUCAAGACACGCUCUAUGUCCACUCUUUAAGACAAUUCUACAGAGAUUGCAAAAUCUAUGGCACCGUCGACUUCAUUUUCGGCAACGCAGCUGUAGUUUUCCAAAAUUGUAACAUCUAUGCUAGAAAACCAUUGCCAAAUCAGAAAAAUGCUGUCACAGCUCAAGGUAGAACUGAUCCAAAUCAAAACACUGGAAUUUCAAUCCAAAAUUGCACGAUCGAUGCGGCACAAGAUUUGGCUAAUGACUUAAAUUCAACAAUGAGUUACUUAGGUAGACCAUGGAAGAUUUAUUCAAGAACAGUUUAUAUGCAAUCAUAUAUCGGCGAUUUUGUUCAACCUUCUGGUUGGUUAGAGUGGAAUGGAACAGUUGGAUUAGACACUAUUUUCUAUGGUGAAUUUAAUAACUAUGGACCUGGUUCUGUAACUAACAAUAGGGUACAAUGGCCUGGUCAUUUUCUUUUGAAUGAUACUCAAGCUUGGAAUUUUACAGUACUUAACUUUACUUUGGGAAAUACUUGGCUUCCUGAUACAGAUAUACCUUACACUGAAGGAUUACUCAACUAGAUAUAGGUAGUAAAAGUUUGUAUUGAAAAUAUAAUUUUUGUUCAUUUUUAUUAUGUUAGAUGUAAUGUUACUAUAUGAUUUUUAUCUUAAAGAGCAACAUCCAAAAGGGAUAACAAUCUUAGAUCAUAAUGAAAAUUUGUACAAGUUCUUAGAAACAAUGUAUUUCAAUGCAAUUAAAGUUUGUUCCACAAUUAUAGUUGCAA